CUCGACCGACGUUCAGUGCAAAGCAUUUUGUUACGAGUGCUACACCAUGUUUACCACCAAGCAAAUUGUCUAUGUUCUCCUAGCAGCGUUGGUAUAUUUCCAAUUCUGCGACACGAUCUCUGCUGGAAAGGAUGAUACGGCCAAAAAUUCUACGACACCGAGCGCCGGAAACGCCACGACUGGUGCAAACACUACGACACCGAGUUCCGGAAACAGCACAACCGGUACGAAUGCCACGACCCCCAGUUCCGGAAACAGCACAGCCGGUACGAAUGGUACGACAACGAGUCCUGGAAAAAGCACAACCGGUACGAAUGGUACGACACCGAGUAGUGGAAACAGCACAACCGGUACGAAUGGUACGAUAACGACUCCUGCAAACAGCACAACCGGUUCCAAGGUUACGACGCCGAGCUCCACAGAUAAGAAAACCGGCGGUGAUACUAAAGCAGGCAGUUCCAGUUCCAGUUCCAGUUCCAGUUCCAGUGAGUCAAGCUCACAAUCAGUAGCAGAGAAAAAAUCGUAGAACCAUCCGGUUCUACAGUUGAUUUCAGGUUUCUUCGGAUUACCCUGCAUCAUAUUUUUGUAAAGUUUACUAAAAAUAUAAAUUACAGUACGCGUGCGACGAUAGAUUCGUCACAUAAAAUUAUAACUACUAAUUUUUCGAGUAUCUGGAUUACGAGAAAAAGCCCGGAUCCACCGGACGCAAAGCUUCAAAUUCGGAUCUUGGAACUAUCCGGCUAGUUCGAGUACUCGAGUAUCCCUGGGUAUCCGUACUGUCCUAACUAUCCAAACUGUUCGAUUAGUUACACCGCUUGAUUUAUCUGGAUACUUAAACUGUUCGAAUAAUAGGAAUAGUUCGGCUUUCCGCACGAGAUUCGCGUCAAGAUAGUUGAACUGCAAGUAUCCCAGCCACGUGUUAGUUAUAACUAAUGUUACAUGUAUACUUUUGAUAAUGUUUGCGAAUUCACUCAGGACUUUGUAACCAGAUAUGGAGAUAAGAGUACAAUUUGAGUACAGUAAAAUGGAAUUGCCACACGUUGUUCCUUGUGAAUUCAACAGCUAGCUUACAAUCUUAUUAAACUUUGUUGCAAAAAUA